CCCGUUUCAGUACGACACUUCCUGGUGUGGCCCAUGUUCCUUCCCUGACAGCCGCCGUCGUUCAGGAGCGGAGACCGUUGAUAGUUGCAGUUAUGUCGGCAGCUGCUUCGGGGACCAGCAAGGCGGCCCACGGCGAUGUGGCUGCGAAGAGAAAGAAGGGACCCGGUGCCCUGGCCACGGCAUAUCUCGUCAUUUACAACGUUGUUAUGACAGCGGGGUGGCUGGUGAUAGCUGUGGGUUUGGUCCGAGCUUACCUGGCCAGAGGAAGCUACCAUGGGCUGUAUUACUCCAUAGAGAAACCUCUGAAGUUCUUUCAGACUGGAGCUGUUCUCGAGAUACUGCACUGUGCUGUAGGAAUCGUACCAUCCUCUGUGGUCCUGACUGGAUUCCAGGUCAUGUCCCGGGUCUUCCUCACAUGGGCCGUCACGCACAGCGUCAGAGAGGUUCAAAGUGAGGACAGUGUGCUGCUGUUUGUCACAGCCUGGACUGUCACAGAGAUCAUCCGCUACUCCUUCUACACCUUCAGCCUGCUCAAUCACCUGCCAUACCUCAUCAAAUGGGCUAGGUACACCUUCUUCAUCGUGUUGUAUCCCAUGGGAGUGACUGGGGAACUGCUGACUAUCUAUGCAGCGCUGCCAUACGUGCAGAAGACAGGCCUGUACUCUGUCACCUUACCCAACAAGUACAACUUCUCUUUCGACUACUACACCUUCCUCAUCCUCAUCAUGAUUUCCUACAUUCCCCUCUUUCCCCAGCUCUACUUCCACAUGAUCCGGCAGAGGAAGAAGGUGCUGGGUCACAUAGAGGACUACGGCAAAGUGGAGUGAGCCCAGUGGCAUUCAGCAAGAUUGAAACGAGGGGGGAAAAAUGAAAAAGAAACCAAAACAUCAAAUAAACGAGGAACAAAAUUACGCCCGCUUAUUGGAAACACGAAGCCCGACCAGGUUUAAACUGCCAGAACUGACCUGGCAGACGGUCCAAUUAUCAAGCAACUUUCUUUAAUACAGCCGUUGUUUUGGUUGGACACAAAGAACUGGUGUUAUCUUUUUGUUUUGUUUUUUUCUCUUUUAUAUUAUUCAUGAACAAACUUACAGAGCUACUUUUGUUUAGUCAGAGAGCUUGCAGCUGUGAAGGAUCUGUAUUUUGACUUGGGUACAGUUGAGCUGCUGUCUGAGCAGUGAGCAGAGCUCCAUCACUUAAAGCUUGAUUCGAAUUAUACAGUGAUAUAAUUCAUACCUCUCUCCGCUUCCCUUCCCCUCUUUUUAAAAGACACUAAAAAAAAAAGUAGAGUAGAUUUGUUGCCUCCCCAUGACUCGUAUUUUGGUUUCUUUUAAGACGCUUUGCUUUAGAAAGAACGAUGUGAAGUCUAAUACUGAAAAUUGGUGUCUGUAGGUUUUGCAGGUACAGUGUUCGUUGCUGCAAACUGUGGUCCAGAUGUUUGUGUUCUGUCAUUUAUUUUAUUUAAAAGUUUGAUUACAUUCCUGAUUUAGUUCAAUAAACCUUUCAUUCCAUGCUUGCAUGC